AUGUCUCCUACAGUCACUAAUCUAUUUCCAGGAGUUGGGAGAUCACAGCAUUCAUGAUUCCCAAACUUUGGGUUUUCGUCCUUCUCACGAUCUGAGUUAUUCAUGUUUCUUAUUUGGAUGGCUUUCUGCAGCAAGCUUCUAAUGUCACUCUGUAGACUCUUGGCGGAUAGUUUUGUUAUUGUAGACUCUUUCUUGUUGAGAAGGCUUUUGUUGUCAAAAGAGGAUUCAAAGUUCCCUGUUAAAAGUUCUUUGCUGUGUUUAGGCUCAGAUCAAGAAGCAAUCUUCUUAAACUGCGUCAUCUUAGGCUUCUGCUCAAAAGGAGUAGCUGAUAGUUUAGUCUCAAGAUGAAGAGAAUGAAUCAAUACUGGCCGAACCUCGUACUCAUCUAAGAUGUCGUCAGUUAUGUUUUCCUCUGAAUUUUUGAAGUAGUCCAUGUUAUGAA